ACGUGGUUCCGCGUCUGCCUUCCUGCUCGUCUGUCAGCGUGUGAAGGUUCCCAGCUCUCCUCCUCUCACUCCUCUGCCUCCUUUUCUCCUGCCGCACGGCAGCAGCUCUCCUCCUCCUCCUCCUCCUCUUCCUCCGUCCUCCUCCUCCUCCUCCUCUUCUUCCUCCUCCUCCUCUUCCUCGCUCCACUCCGCCUCGGUUCCCGGUAACGCCGACAGCCAGGCCGCGGCCGCUCCAGCGUGCGGACACUUGAGCGUGUGUGAAAGUGUGUGCGCGGUGUAUGCGUGUGUGUGAGUGAGUGCGUGUGCGCGCACCCGCCCGCGGCCGGUCUCUCGCCUCGCCCCCUCCUCUCCUCCUCUCCUCCUCCUCCUCCUCUCUCUUUCUCCCCGCUAUCCCGCCUCGCCGUGUCGGUCAUGACGCUGGAAGCGAUCCGCUACCGGACCGGGUCCCUGCAGGUCCUCAACCAGCUGCUGCUGCCGCACCAGACGGUCUACGACGACAUCCGCUCGGUGCAGGACGCUUUCGAGGCCAUCAAGUCCAUGAAGGUCCGCGGGGCUCCGGCCAUCGCCAUCGUCGGCUGCCUCAGCCUGGCCGUGGAGCUGCGGGCGGGCGCCGGGGGCGACGACCCGGUGACCUUCAUCAGGGAGUCGCUGUGCCACCUGACGUCGGCCCGGCCCACCGCCGUCAACAUGGGCCGCGCCGCCCGCGAGCUGAUGGAGUUCGCCGAGAACGAGAGCAUGGAGAAGAACUCCGAGCAGCUCAGGGAAAGCGUAAUUGCCUGGAUUGAAGACAUGCUGGAGCGUGACGUCAAUGACAACAAGAAGAUCGGUAACUAUGGAGCCCAGCACAUCCUGUCGGGCGUCCCGAGGGACUCGGUGACCAUCCUCACACACUGCAACACCGGCUCGCUGGCCACAGCUGGAUACGGGACGGCGCUGGGCGUGGUGAGGAGCCUCCACGGUCUGGGCCGGCUGAAGCGCAUGUACUGCACGGAGACGAGGCCGUACAACCAGGGCUCCCGGCUGACCGCGUACGAGGCGGUCGCAGAGGGAAUCCCCGCCACGCUCAUCACGGACAGCAUGGCGGCACUCACCAUGAGGGAGAUGGACAUCACAGCCGUGGUGGUGGGCGCAGACCGGGUGGUCGCCAACGGCGACACGGCCAACAAGGUGGGCACGUACCAGCUGGCCAUCGCCGCCAAGCACCACGGGAUCCCCUUCUACGUGGCGGCGCCCAGCACGUCCUGCGACCUGAGCCUGGAGAGCGGCAGGGACAUCAUCAUCGAGGUGCGCCCCCCGGAGGAGCUCACCAGUAUAAACGGGGUCUCCAUCGCCGCUCCUGGUAUCGAGGUGUGGAACCCGGCGUUCGACGUGACCCCCCACCAGCUCAUCACAGGCGGCAUCAUCACAGAGCUGGGAGUCUUCCUCCCCUCCGAGCUCCAGGCGGCGCUCACCGGCCGCCUCACGGCCCUCUAGAGCGCCCCCCGCCCCCCCCCCCCCGCCGCCGGUCCGUGCGCGCGCCGCUCGCUCGCACGUCGGCAUGUCGCCACACCACAACGCACGGACACUGCUGGGGUCGGGGGUCGCGUCGGUCUGGCGGCAGUUACUGUUACAUGGUCAGUGGUGCACACAGAAGAAGAAAAGACACCUUCACUUUCUCUCUUUCACACACACACACACCACACACACACACUGCAGGGAGUCAAGCAGACACACACACACACACAUGUGCACUCUGUCCGUUCUGUUCGAUCUUACUGUGGUCCUUCAUGUCACUCUGCUUUCCACCCAACCUUUCAGUCUCUUUCCUCUUUUACUCCUUUUUUUUUUUUUAAUGUAGCAACACGUAGAGCUCAGCUGGAUUAAAACCCACAACAAUUUAUUGGAAGACAAAUUUUUGAGACAUUUACCAAGGUGAUUUUUAUGAACAUCCUCAAUAAGACCAGAAAAAUUAAAAAAAAAAAAUAAAAUAAAAAAAUCCCAAAAGUAUAAAUGACGCGACUGAUUGUUCGAUUUUUAAGUAGUCGUGCUUUCUAAAAUGCUGCUAUCCACUUGUAAAUAUAUAUAUAUUAUAUAUAAAAAUCCUCGCUUGUAGUGUGUACAUAUGUAGAAAGCUAACCCAUGCUAGUCAAAGGUACUGCUAUUUUAACCAAAUAGGUUUAAAUUUGUCAUCGAAAAUGUUAUAUUAACAUUUUAAUUUGUUUUGUUGACUUUUGUAGAGGAAUAAUCUAAAUUUCUAGCUCAUAAACUUUAACAAACUGACAUUCUUAUUGACAGAAAGACUAGUAUUUUGCGCUCACUUUGUAACCAGUGUAGCAACGAUUUCAACAAGUGGAGUCAUUAUUCAGCUGAAGCUUUUAUCGACACUGUAUUUAUACCUCACUCCUAGUUUGCUCCCGUUAUCCCCAGUUCUUCUGCAUCAUAACCACACCUGUACUCUCAUAACAUAUCUAUAUAUAUGGACAUAUGUGUAGAUAUAAAUAUACACAUACACGUGCAUCCUUACAGGUCGCCCUGCUCUGUAAGGAUGAAACAUUAAACACAAAAAAAAUAUUCAUAAUAGUGUCAUUUUAUCUGUGUAACAGCUUUAGCUGUGAACUGAAGUCUGUAUUUCUAUUUAAAAAAACAAAAAAAAACAUAAAAAGGCAUCACUGAUGAAGGAAUAGUUUACCCCAAAGUGGAGAUUUAAUAUUUGUGCACUUUUGAAAUACCUCAGGAGUUUGUUAAAAAUCUAUUUUACAAUACAGGAAAAUGCGAAGAAGUUGAAUUAGUUUUCCCAUCAGUAGCUGUGGAAGUGUUCAGCUGCAGAAAUCCCCGCAGACACAACAGUUUACAGCUGAAUUUCUCACUUCUGGAUUUACGUGACUCAAUCCGCAAAAAAUGAAGUUUGAAAAUCGUUAAACAAUUCAGCGAUUUCAGUUUUCAAAAGCAAUAAAAGUCUUUAAACUGAUUAAUAGUCACCAUGGUUGCACAGAAAUCUGGUUUUCAAUUUGUCCAGAGUCUGAGGAGGUGAGCGCUGGUUUGAUUUUUCUUUGUUUUGGGGUAAACUGCUCCUCCACGGCGGCCGGGACGCUCUCCACGCUGCGGCGUCUGCCUGCGGAGGGCGCCGCCGCGCCUCCAGUGGCGCCGCUCACGAUCAGAAUGUAACUUCUCACCCAGAUGAACCCGUCCUGGUUUGCAGUCGGGGUGUUUGGACUCUUCGUAAAACAAAACGCCUGUUUGACUCCAGACCAUGAAGCUGCUGUGAAUCCAGGGCGAUUGAACGCAGGCACACAUCCAGAUUGUCACUUACUUCAUAUUUAAUAGAAAAAUGGAUUAAAAAUGUAACUAUUAAAAAAAAAAAAAUUUAAAGUAUCAAUUUGACAAUGAGCUACAGAAGUUAAUUUUCUCAGGAAAAUCCCAAAACAAGCCUGAGAUCAGCUGAUUUUCUCAUUUUUAGAUUUUAACUGUAAUUGAUUAAUGAGCAGUUUGUCUUUGCUCUCAUGACCUACAGUGACCUCAUGUUGGAUCACGAGCAUCCGGCUGAAGAGGAGUUUAAAAACAAGCUUCUCAGAGGGUUCGUUCGUGAUUCAGACGUCCUGAAUUCCUUCAGUUUGGUUGCCUGGACGGUGAAUCCACGUCUCGCUGGUUCCACGGGAGCGGUGUGGGUCGCUGUACUGAAUGUCACGGGGGGGGGUCACGCUGCUCGCCGCCUUACAGGUGCGGCGCCAGCGAAGCCGACUGUCCUCCUCUCAACCCGGUUUGUGUCACGUGGCCAGAGAUCAAACACAUGUGUGCAAGGCGUAAUCAGGAGGCGGUGGAUCUGAGUGUGUUUGACACCAUCACGCUGUCUGCGCGCGCAUGUGUGUGUGUGUGCGCGUCUUACCGAUUUACAUGCACAGAAGUUUGACAGUUGGUGUAGCGCUGCGGAUGGCGCCGUCCCUGCUUGGAGACUUUUCUUUGAAGAGUUUUGCUCGUCGUCCUGAUAUCUCCACAGUUUAAACACAUGCAUUUAUUCAGUGUUUCCCGCGGCUUGGCUCUGCACCAGCUGCCGUGACUGGAUAAAGAUGGAUGGAUGGAUGUGUAGGAUUGAGAGAGAAAGUGAUGAAAAUGUACUAAAUCCUGCUGCUGUAAAACCAUACAUGCGAAUCAGAUGUAAUUCACCUCUAAACACAGUCUUUCUAGAAGUUUUUCUCAGUGAAGCAUGUCAAAUACAUACAUUCUUAAUGAUUAAGCUUAAUUUUAUUAAAUGAGGUGCUAUAGCGCUCAUUAUUGGCAAAUUGUCAAAGUGUGUCACAUUUAAAGGAAAACAGAUGACUCGACUUUUAAAUGUGAUUCAUUUAUUUAAAUGCUUCAGUCUGAACUCUGGUGUAUGACAAGCAAAUGUUUUAAGAAUCGAAAUGAUCAAAGUACUUUCACAGUGUUGAGCAAAGAUGCAUUAAUUUAAAAAGAAACAAAAACUGUUGAAUCCGUGAUUCUUACAUGAUGCUGUUGAGUUUUUCGAUAAGCUCAAACCAGCAUGUUGCAGGAUUUCUACACAAACAAUCCCUGAUCGGAAUGUUACUGUGAGUGUAAAUCGACGAAGACGCCGCUCGGUGAACCGCUCAGCCUGCUGCCUCCUGAUCGACUUCCUUCACUCAAACUGGCGACAGGUUUGCUGUUUUUCCUUCGCUGAAGUCCGCAGAAAACACCCUAAAGAAAAAGAGCUUCUGUGUCAAAAAGCACUAAUUCAUCCACAGUGUUCAUAUCAUCUCUAUCUCUAAAAUGCUGUAAUGUAAGCUCUCUUCCUCUCCUUUGCACAUCCUCAUCCUCACCUCGUUCACUCAUGAAACCUCAACUCACAGAAAUGCUGGUAGGUCGCUCGCGAGCGUAAAGAGACACUCUGUGUAUUUGAAUCGUUCUUCUUUUGUACAGUCGAACACAUCACGUUCCUCCGGGCCGAUUUUAGGUGGCGUUCCAGACAUAUGUAGCAAUUUUUGCGGCCGUUAGACUCGCCGCAUAUUAUAAAUUUCUUUUUCUUUUUUUUUUUAAUCUUUUAAUAAGAGGUACAAGAUUUUUUUUUUCCCUUCCCCUCGUUUGUCUGUGCAUCAUGAUUCUAACUGUUUGGCUUGUGGUUCGUCGUUUUGUUCCAUGACAUUGUGAUUCCUAGUGACUAGGCCAUUUGUACACCACGCUGGGGAGGCCUCCUCAACCAUACACACUACCUCUCCGUCUGCCUGCACGGACUCCCAACACUGAAGCGCACGAGCACGAGCACUCGGUGUGCCAGGCGGCUGCAGCAGAGCAGGAAUCUGGACUGAAAUUCUCCACAUCGCUCACUAACGUUUGUAUCUCGAACCCAAAGCGACCGAUAAUUUGUGCGUUUGAUUUUUUUUUUUUUUUUUUUUUUUUUUUUUUUUUUGCCAAAGAUUCAGGCGAGCGUGUUGUUUUUGGGUUGCAGCCAAAUGAUUUGUGCAUUAUGCCAUGUUUUUACACCCGUGGUUUCGAGGCAGCGGCGAAGCAGCACUGUGUUCAACAGAGAUAAUCAAUCACCCGUUUCCUUGGGAAAAUUCAACACACGGCUCACAAUCAGGUGCCAAAAGUUAGCACUGCUUUAGCUGCGUUAGUUUUCACAUUGAUUUGAUGAAUCGAAGCAGGUGCUUGUGUCAUUAAAAAAAAAAAAAAAGAAAAGAAAAAUAAUAAUGUGACCAUGGAAGGAGUGUUGUUCAGAUGGCCUCUUUAGGUGCAAGUAUGUUAUUGUUGUUCUUGAUAAUCACCUGAUAUGGGUUUAAUUUUGUAACAUGUGGAAAUAGUUCAAAAUUGCAUUUUUUUAUAUAUACGUAUAUGAAUAUAAUGCUGUAAAGUGCAGUCAUGAUUUAAGAGAUUUCUCUUUCACCUCAAUACAGUAAAAA